AUGGGUUCAGUUUCUCAUCCGCCACAUUUUGAUGGCGACAACUACGCUGCAUGGAAGGCAAAGAUGAAAUCAUUUCUCUGGGCGCUUGACGAUAGAGUGUGGCUUGUGGUUGAAGAAGGCUGGGAAACUCCAACAGUUGAAGAAACCAAAGGCGAAGGACAGUCUUCUGUUACUAUUUCUAUGCUUAAGCCUAGAAAGGUAUGGAGUGAAGAUGAACGCAACUCUAGCACAUUCAAUCAAAGAGCAUUGAAUGCGUUGUUCAUUGCCGUUUUGCCUGAGCAAUUUAACUACAUCAGUAAAUGCUCAACGGCAAAAGAAGCUUGGGAUAUUCUUGAAGUUACUCAUGAAGCCUUCAAAGUCAAUAAUGAAAAAGUGAAUGAGGAUUCAUUUGAAAACCUAACUCAAGAUGAAUUUGCUCUUCUCACCAAACAAGCUAAAAAAAUUUUGAAACUUAGAAGUUCCAGAGGACGUGAAAAUCGAAACAAUUUUGAUUCAAACUCCAAAGUUCCUCGUUCUCGAGAUUUUUCUCAUGGAAAUUCUUCUAAGUUUGUCAAACUUGGUGAAAAGAAAAGUUCAAAUGACAGAGAUAAGUGUUUUGAAUGUCAAGGGUAUGGACAUCAUGCUCAUGAAUGUGCCAAUACUCUUAAAAAGCUGAAGGAUGAAAAGAACAAGGCAUUAACCUCCACUUGGAGUGAUAGUGAUUCAGAAAAGGACACGGCAUCUGAAGAGGAUGAUGAAGUGGUUGCGUUUAUUGGAUUUUUUUAUGGAUAUGAGACUGAUGACUCAGUGGUUAAAGAACCUGAUUCCGUAGAAGUCUUACAAAAAUAUACUGCACUUUAUGAUAUCACCAUGAAAGUGAAGAAAGAAAAUGAUGAACUGAAAAAUAAACUUGUGCAGCUAGAAAGCGAGAAGAAUGAAGCAGAGAUUGAGCAUCAAUCUCAAAUGGAACAUGCAGAAAAGCUACGAGAGUCAAUGUUGGAGAAGUUACAUAUGCUAGCAUCAGAAAAUAAAAUUCUUGAGAAUGAAUUGAGUGGCAUGAAAAAAAAGGUUGAAGAGUUUAGUAUUGGAUCAAGGAAAAUUGACAAAAUGUUAAGCUAUGGAAAAAAUUCAGGUGAUAGAAGCGGUUUAGGUUUUGAUUUUAAAGUGACUGGAAGUUCUUCAUCUUCUGUUACUAAAUUUGUCAAAGCUCUACAAGAACCAAGCAGGAAAGCAAGUAGUGAUGAAUCCUUUGGAAAUUCGUGUAACACUACAAUUAGGUCAAAUUCUGUGAUCCCCUUCGUUGAUCCAAAUAAUUUCAUUAGGUCAAAAACUUUCACUCCUAUUUGCCAUUUCUAUGGAAAAAUAGGACAUAUCAGACCUAGGUGUAACAAACUUCGAAAUGAAAAUCGAACUAAACACACCACCUCUUGGAUUUCUAAAAAAUCAAAUCUCAAAGUGAGAUUUGUUGCUCAACCGAAGGGAAUGAAUAGAAGUUCAAAAAUAAUGCCUAAUUCCAUUUUUCCUAACUUAAAGCAAGUAUGGAAAAGAAAGGAGACUCAAAUCUGCUUAUUGGAUAAGAUGUCACCAUCAUCUGCGGAAGAGAAUCUUACCUGUUUGGUAGCUUUCACUGCCCUCUCAACUUGUCAAUCUGAUACUUGGUAUCUUGAUAGUGGCUGCUCGAGGCACAUGACUGGAGACAAAAGAUGGUUCACAACCUUCACUGAGGAUUGUAAAAAUGGAGCAGUCACUUUCGAAGAUGGAAAAAAAGCAAGGAUUGUUGGAAAAGAAGAAAUCAAAACUCUAGGAAUUCCAUGCUUAAAAGAUGUCAUGUUAGUUGAUGGACUUAAAGCUAACCUAAUUAGCAUUAGUCAAAUUUGUGAUGAUGAUGAUGCUGAAGUAUUUUUCAUUAAGUUGAAAUAUAGUGUGAAUGUUGAUAGUGGGAUAGACAUUUUUGAAGGAAAAAGGUCUAAAGACAAUUGUUAUUGUGUGAAUGCAAAUGAAUCGCAUGUGCCAAGUAUAUGCAACAAAGCAAUUGAUAAUGUUUUGGAUUUAUGGCAUAAAAGAUUAGGCCAUAUGAAUUGUAAGGAUAUGAUUAAGCUUUCCAAGAAGGAAUAUGUGAGAGGUUUACCGAUGUUAGUUGGAGAACUUGGAAUUUGUGGAGAAUGUCAAGUGGGAAAGCAAACAAAGAGUUCGCACAAGUCAACAAACUACAUCUCAACCUCACGACCUUUGGAGCUGAUGCACAUGGACUUGGUUGGACCGGUACAGACCGAAAGCAUUAGGGGAAAGAAAUACAUACUUGUCUUGGUGGAUGAUUUCUCACGUUUUACUUGGGUUGCAUUCUUGCGAGAGAAAUCUGAUGCGUUCAAAGCAUUUUGUGGCUUGUUGAAUAAAAUUCAAAAUGAUAGAGUUGCUUCAAAUGAUUGUGUGAUACGACUCAGAACCGAUCACGGAACUGAAUUUGAAAACACAUCAUUUUCUAAGUUUUGUGAUGAAAAAGGAAUUACUCAUAAUUUUUCUGCUCCAAUCACUCCUCAACAAAACGGAGUUGUUGAACGGAAAAAUCGUGUGUUGCUUGACAUGAGUCGUGUCAUGCUGACUAGCGCUCGUUUGAUAAAUCAUUUUUGGGCUGAAGCAGUCAGCACCGCUUGCUACACUACAAAUCGAGUCUAUCUUCGACCUGGUACAAAGUGCACACCAUAUGAGAUUUGGAAUGGAAAGAAACCAAAUGUGAAGCAUUUGAGAGUGUUUGGUAGUAUAUGCUACAUUUAUAGAGUUAGGGAAAUGUUAGCAAAAUUCGAUUCACGAAGUGAUAUUGGAAUUUUUCUAGGAUACUCUCUCACAAGUAGAGAAUACAAAGUGUUCAACAAGAGAACUAAAAAUGUUAUGGAGUCCAUUAAUGUUGUUGUGAAUGACUCUUCCUUAAAUAUUGAACAACCUGCUUGA